UCAAGUGGAUGCAUGGAACUUGGCUUCUAUAUAAUCCACAUCAAACCCUUCAUCAAAAACCUCUUUCCCCUUCACACAUCUUCUCUUCCUUAUCUCCAAAUUAUUUACGUGUUUUUCUGUUUUUGUUCUUAUAUUUAGAAAUCUCCUCUGUUUUCUUCUUGACAACAUAUCAAACAUACAAAACUCUUUUUCCUCUGUUUCUUCCCGACAGCAUACCAAACACAAAAAUUCAGAACCUUUGAUGAUCGGACACUGAUGACUCCCGUUCUCUGCGAAAUCUUGCUCUCUGGGCUCACGGUUAAAUCUGCUCUCUGCCGCAGAACCCAUCUCGUUCAAUCUUUCUCCGUCGUCUUUCUCUACUGGUUUUACAACGUUUCAUGAAUUGUUGAAAACUCCCAAAGCUAAUCCUUAAUUUAAAAAAAUAUAUAUAUUUAUUUCUUUUCAGACAAAUCUAAGAAACCAUCAAAAACCAAAGCUGUCCUUUUUUUUAGUUCUUGUAAUAAUUUUCUUUGUUAAACCAUUUUUCGGCUGAAUAAAAUGGCGUCAUCUAGCAGCACAUACCGGAGCUCUAGCUCUUCCGACGGCGGAAACCCAUCUGGCUCCGCCGUCGCCGUCGACGACCGAAAGCGUAAGAGAAUGCUAUCGAACCGUGAAUCUGCACGUAGAUCAAGGAUGCGUAAACAGAAACACGUCGACGAUCUAACGGCUCAGAUCAAUCAGCUUUCGAACGACAACCGUCAGAUCUUGACGAGUCUCACCGUCACAACUCAGCUUUACACGAAGAUCCAAGCGGAGAACUCUAUCUUGACCGCCCAGAUGACGGAGCUGAGCACCAGACUCGAGUCGUUGAAUGAGAUCGUCGAUCUCGUGACGGCCACCAACGGUGGUGUCGAUCAGAUCGACGGCUGUGGAUUCGAUGAUCGUACGGUUGGGAUUAAUUGCGACGGUUAUUACGAUGAUAUGAUGAGCGGCGUUAAUCCUUGGGGUGGUUCGGUUUACUCUAACCAACCCAUCAUGGCUAAUGAUAUGAUGAAUAUGUAUUAAAUUAAAAUUAAUUAUAAAAACUAGUGUACUAUUGCCCCCUUUUUAUUUCAUUUUUUAAGUUUAGCUUUUGUGUUUGGAUUGGUGUGGAGAUGUAAUUAUCGUACAUGCAUCUUGAUUGGUUGGAAGGAUAAAUAAACUUAUAUAUUGGGGGCAUAUAUAAGCUAUCCUUUGUCAUGUAUUGGUGUGUGCUUUUUUGUUUGAUUAAUAAUAUAAAUUAUAAAUUUUAUAAUUGA